AGCAUUCCCAAACCAUGGCGGAUGAGGAAGAUGUGGAUGUCGACGAAGACAUGGUGAAACAGUCACUGCCAACCUUCUCCUCGAACUUGCAAUCGUUUCAAGGAACAGGCUCCAGCCAUUCUUCUGACAUUAGAAGUAUAGCUGUUUCAUCGCAUUCAAACAAACCGCAACCUUCUCCCGAGAAAAGCAAGAAAAGUAAACGAGACGAUGUAUCGGAAAGUGUGAAAGAGAAUGAAUCAGUCUCUGGAGAAGGAGGUAAACCUCAGCCUCCGAAGAAGAAAUCGAAGAAGAAGAAGCCCUCCGGUGAAAAGAAGCAGGAUGGCGCAGAAACAUCCAGUAAGUCACCGAGCAAAAAGGACAGCGGAGUUGAUAAAGAUAAGGAUGACCUUGAUUUGGACAAGAAGGACCUUGAGGCUAGCGAGAAGAAAGACGUCGAUGGAGAGCUAUCAGAUGACGAAGAUCCCGAAGAUGCUGAGACAGCAUUGGAUGAAAAGUUCAAAGAAGCUCAGAAGGCCAGAGAAUCGAUGCUCUUGAAGACUGCUUCCGAAGAAGAUUGGAAGCGAUACACUGCCAUGAGGCAGUCAAAAUUCAAUGAUAAUGUGAUCAAGUCGAUGAUUUCCCAGAUUUCAGAAAUUCCAGCUGGAAACAUCAGAAAGCCUGUACUUUUCACCAUGGCAGGAAUUGCCAAGAUCUUUGUCGGAGAAAUUAUAGAUACAGCGCGUGUUGUUCGUCAAGAGUGGGGCGAAUGCCAAGAUGGCGCGGAACCGUUGCAGCCGAGCACAUACAGGAGGCAUAUCGAAGAAUGCUUCUUGAAGGCAAGGUCCCCGAAUCAGGAGUCCCUCGUGCACGCUUCAAUAGAUAAAG